CAGAGUAGCUUCUCUGCUCGCAUUAGAAAAAAGAUUCUCAUUUUUAGUGAAACGGGAGAAGACGCGAUGACGAUUUGGAGGAGCGAGGCGGAGGUCUUGGUGAUGGAGGAGCUCAGGAAGGAGAUGAUGCCUAGAACACGCUGCGUCGGCGACGCGAGCUGGAAGCUGGGGCCUGAUGGAAUCCGGUGGAAGAUGGACGCCGGAGCGGCGUUGUGUGAGGAAGAGGGGCGCGAGGUCUGCGUCACCGGCGGCGUUUCCUUCGUGGGAUCCGCCAUCGUCCAACGCCUUCUCCGCCGGGGAUACGCCGUCCGCCUUCUCGUCGAGAGCCAAGAGGACAUGGAUAAGCUCAGCAAUAUGGGAGCAGCCCGGUACACCGGCGUACGCCUAAUGAUGGUCCGAAUCAUGGACGCGGAAAGCUUGUGCCAGGCUUUCGACGGUUGCACCGGCGUCUUCCAUACCUCCUCUUCCCUUGACUCCGGCGGCAUUUCCGGCUACUCUAAACAAAUGGUUAAGAUGGAGGUGAGAGCAGUCGAACAAGUGAUCGAAGCCUGCGUUAGAACUGAGUCCGUGAGGAAGUGCGUGUUUACUUCCUCUCUUGCGGCUUGUAUAUGGCGACAGAGUGACCCUCACGGUCGCCAGCUGCAACGUCCUUGGGUUGUCGACGAGAGUUGCUGGAGCGAUGAAAGCCUUUGCCAGGACAAAAAGCUAUGGUUUGCUCUGGGGAAGACGAUGGCAGAGAAGGCAGCUUGGGAAGCUGCUCGGAGAAGUAACUUGCAUUUAGUGACUGUCUGCUCGGCUCUCGUCACCGGCCCCGAAUUCCACCGGCGCAACUCAACCGGAUCCAUUGCUUACCUCAAAAGAGCUCAUGAGAUGUUUGCAGAAGGAUUACUCGCCACCGUCGAUUUGGAAACGGUAGCUGAUGCUCACGUAUCUGUCUACGAAGCAGCAGUCGCCAGCGGGCGAUAUAUCUGCUAUGACCAUAUCGUUCGAAGAAGCGAAGAGAUAAAGGAACUGGAGCGGCAACUCAGGGUUCCGAUCAGCCUCGCGGGCAAGACGAAUGCCGGCAUUUCGCUGGCGUCGGGGCUGUCGAACCGGAAGCUUUUUCAGCUGAUGAAUUCAGGACGGAGGUGCACUUGUGAGGCGCAGUCAUCAGAUCUAUCCUGAGGAUCGGAUUC